GUGGUUGCUGGCGUCGCGUAGAGCGUGGAGAUGCAAUGAGUCGGCCUCGUGUGUGCGUGCGUGUGUGUGUGUAGCCUCGCGGAGAGUGGGCAGGUGAAGUGACGAUCGACAGCAGCCAGUAGUGCUAUGCGCCGCGUCUCCUGCCCGUAGCACACAGGCGAGCGAUAGGGGAAGAGAGAAGAGCGAGGCAAACUGUUGGCAGUUGAACAUGUGAAGCGAUUUCAAACGGGAGGCGCGCGCGCAGCCCCUUGUCCUCGCGUUCGUUAACAAAAGCCAGAGUUUUUGGGCGCGAUGUCGCUGCGUCAAAACAAAGAAGACAGACGGCCAACGGCUCGAAAUCUUGCUGUGACGUCCAAGUGCUUAGCCAUCGUGCUGCUGCCGCAGAAGAAGCAGGCGGCAAAGUUUGACUGUGGUGCUGCGGUUGUGACUAGCGGUGUGAGUAAUGAUCAUAGUGGUGGUGGUGGUGGAUUUGCCAGCGGAUCAGGGAGUACUUUACCAAAACAAGCCUCGGUGGUGGUGACCACAGCGCAGUCCAGCACCACUGCCCAGUGUAAUGGGAAGGAAAUAUUGGAAGAUUUCAAACAACAAAACAAGACGUGCUACUGGAACCCUGCCUUGAUCGAAAGUAUCAAGCAAUUGGAGUACCUAGGGUUUGUGGAGCCGUGCACUGUGCUUGUUGGAGGCGACGAUAUUCACUUAGAAAAUCUACGGUCGGCCUGGGGGAGAAGGGUGUUGAAACCACCCAGCAACUAUACAAUUGAUCGGAUAGGUGACGUGAACGGCAUCGAGAUGCAGGUGAUCCCGCAGACGCAGUUCAUCCCGCUGCCGGACUCCCUCUGCCUGAUCAUCGCGGAGCUCAACAAUGCCGGCCACCCGGCCACCCUGGAGUCCAUCCGCUCUCGCUUGCAGCGGUGGUACCACAACACGUCGCUGCCCUCGCAACAACUCAUCUACGACACGCUGGGCACGCUCAUCCGGGAACGAAAAGUCUUCCACAAUGGAACUAGUUACUGUGUGGUGACACCAGAGACCUACCAUCUGCCCACCACCAACCCCUCAAUGGCGUGCACAGCAUCAUGGCUACCCUACCAUCCCAUGUACAUCCCCAUCUUCCCACAUCCACAUCCUCCACCACAGCAUCAGCCUCAGCCGUCGUUAAGGGCCCCUACACGCUCAAUCUCUUGCCAGGUGACACACAUAGAGGACAAACUGAGUUCAGAGGGAAGCCAGCGUCCCCCAAAGCCAAGACUGCGUAGCCACAGUGUGAGGGCCUGCCGGGGCAAAGACAAAGCUGCUGUUUUUGGAGACGAUACCACCCUCGAUUUAAAACGAGCAUCAUCCAUCAAGUACAAAGCAGAAAAAGCCAAAGCCAUUACCAAAGAUCUGAAUCUGAAGAGUAGUAACAUUAACCAAGAGAAGGAAAAAGGUGAGAAAAUAUCCUUGUUUUCCAAGAUAUUUGGCAGGAAGAAGAAGAAACACACAGAUGCUGGCACAGCAACUUCCACUUCAUCAGGAGGAGGUAACCAGUCAACAGAAGUGGAGUACGCCACAUUCUCAGCUCAGUUCCCUCCCCCGGAAUGGGUUUGGUACCAGCAGCAGUUGGAGCGUCAGAAGAGGACGGAGGAGUGGGUGUCCCAGCAGGUGUUGAAAUCCGCCAAUUGGCAGCAAUUUGGUCUGCCAGUCUCAUCAAGCGUUGACAGUGGGACUUUGAGCAAGGCACGGACAGAGUCACUGCACAAUCAGCUGCACCAUGCUGCCAAUGCUUACAACCCAGCCAAGUCCCACAUCUAUGCCACACUGAGCACCAUAGGACCUGGUCAGAGUGUUGCAACAGAUGGUGGCUUCCGUGGAAUGUCUGAAGGAAGUGGCGUUGCUGCCCGAGCACUAAGUGACAAGCGUCGCGAGGAAGAGACCAAUAUGAAACAGACAAAUUAUGCUACUGUGUCCAAUGCCAAGAAAGGGCAUAGCCAUGGUCAUCAUCAUCGUCAUCACCAUGGGUAUCACAAGCAGAAAGAACAUAGAAAAGCUCACCACGAAAACAACUAUGAUGUGCCUGCAUCCAAUCUUCCUGCCCAGGGUAUUGCUCCUAGCAACGUUCGUGUUGAUGACAUGGAAGAGAUAACAUUUAUUGUUCUCCUUGUCCCAUUCAACAGACUAGUACCCUUCCCUGGCACUCCACCCCAUACUACGAUGUGCCUCCAUCACAAAUGGACAGUCAGUUCAUGCCCAGUCAGAUUGUGUGUAACAACACAUUGCAGACGAAAGUGGCAGACAGUGGGAAACUGUUUGCAAACACUGGCCACCGGCGUUCACACCGGCCCCGGCAGCGUGGACACAAGGCAUACAGUUACUAUGAUACAACUGUGGGUACUGACAUCAGCAUUGAAUACAAGGGGCGUCUGCCAAAAAAAAACUCUCAAGUGGCGCAGUCACGAGAUAGUGGUGUCAAUUGUGUUGGGAUGUACAGGAAUCCGCAGUACUACAUAAGCAAGGCCAGUCAUCCCCAGGUGCAGGA